UAGCUUUAUACACUUUAAGUUGUAUGCUUUGUUUCUAAAUAAUCUCGCUUAGCAGUUGUCAUACAAAUUUAGCAGUUGUCAAACAAUUUCAGGAUGACAACGCUGGCGUGUUUAGUCGUUGUGUUGCUAGGGGUGAUGCCACAUGUAUAUGCCGUGGCUCCAGUUUUCAUUACGCCAAAUCCAGAUGUCAAUAAUCCGUUGCAUAAACUAUAUUUAGACGAGGAUAAGAAAGGAAAUGACGUAGUUGUAGUUCUUACGGCAACAGACGCCGACACCGAUGAUAACACAUUGGUGUUCUCCAUGGAUACAUCACCAUCACAGACUAAAGACGUUUUUGAAAUAAAUAUUAGGACGCUAAGAGUG